UCCUGUUCACAGAAGCCAUCUCGGUGUAAUCAUGGCUUAUCCAUACCUUCGUGAUGAACUUCGCUGCAUGAAGGGACCACCGGCCAUACGACCAGAAGAUGCGGUUGUCGACUCCAAGAACGCGGAUCCUCAAUUGUCCGCGCCAUUCUUCCGACUACCCCAAGCCAUACGCAAGACUAUCUACUCUCAUGUCUUCGGCAGCGGCCUUAUACAUGUGUUGUCCCGCGAAUGUGAAUCAUCAGACAGAUGGCUCCCCUAUCAUAGCGGUCUAACGACACUAAAUUGGCCCGGCAACAAGAAAGUACGAGAGUACCGCAAGAACACGUACGCCAUCUGUCAAUAUGAUGAUUGGGAUCGAUAUUAUGCACUGAGUAAAAGGUGCAACGCGUCUGCAGAAUCCGGCCAGUUCCACUUUGGUUGCCAUUGCCCGAACGACGUAGGCGGAGCCGAUUACGAGCAGAGGCAUUCCAGAUGUCUGCGACCGAUCCGCGACCUUGAAGCUGGCGAUUACACCUCCUUAUGCGAUUUUGGGGAGUGGGUGCAAACACAGCGAGAUUCUGGUCAUGUCCGCGAAGAUUGUGAAGAGUGCAAAGAUGUUUUGGCCAGUCAAAUGAAACAGUUCGGCCCUGCGAAAGUGGGUGGCUUGGCCAAACUCCAUGGGAGUACUACUUUCCCCCUCAAGCUUCUCCAAGUAUGUCGGACGAUAUACGCCGAAGCCUUGCAGACCCCAUACAAGCAGUACACGUUUCACUUCACCAAUUGCCACGCGGUUGAACAGUUCGCAGGCCGCGUACUCACACGCCGUCAAGCUGAAUCUGUUAGCUCGGUCCAAGUCGACGAUCUUUAUGGCUACAAGGAUCUCUUCACGCUUCAGCGUAGCUUCCCGAAUCUGAAACAACUCAGAGCUUCCAGCCAUCUACCACAAUUCUUCGAAGAGAAACGCUGGGACAACGCAGUCGCAUUCCUCGGUGGCAAUCAUUUGGAGAAAGUUGACCUCUUCCGGAGCAGGAGCGUUAUCAAUGAGGAGGAGGGUCAAAUGUACGAUUUCACUGAGAAAUUCCUUGUUUGCAAAUCCAUCAGCGCGGCCAGAGCAUUGGUGGAAUCGUUGGAGGAUGCAUACAUGGUGGAGAGAUUUCGGGAACGCAUGGUCUUCCUGAGCCUGACAGAUGAUCACGUUCAACGUCACGCAACGUGUGCUCCAAAAUCGGUCGUCGCUCGCAAGCUCCCAGCUCUGCGGCCCGCACAAAAUGUUGCCAAUGGUUACCGAUCUGAACAUGAGCUGGAAAUUGAUCGCCUCAAAGCGGAGCUUGCAGACGCUCGCCAUCAGAUCUCCAUAUUGAGGCGAGGCAGCGAAGGACGCAUGCUGGAGAUGUCGAGCACUUCGGGAAUCGUAGAACUCUGUCCAUUCUCGACCAUCCCUGUAGAGCUUCUUGCGAGGAUAUUCUCCUUCUUGGACCAACGCGCAGAUAUUGCAAGCUGUCGGCUCGUUUGUCGCGACUUCCGCGAGCAUAGCUCGCCUUUUCUCAUCACGGAGGUCGUCUAUGCGGCACGCGCAGAGGCUAUAGCGCGCUUGAUCGAUGUUGCAGAGCAUCCCUACUUCAGCAAGCAUGUGACUACCCUUCUGUACGACGCGAGCUUUUACGAUGUUGAUGUAGCAGACGAACCUUCGAACUACACAGAUUUGGUUCACGAACAAAUCGAAGCUUUUUCUACUCAUGAUCUUUCAGGCAGGAGUGAAGCAUAUCGCGAUCUGUGGCUUCGCAUGAAAGAUGCCACACCCGAGCACCAGAGGCAUAUGUUCCCAGGGCCACCAGAGUCGAAAACCCAUAGGCGAGAUCCAACCUUCAUCCUGUACCAAGGUCUUUUCGAAUAUGCUAUGGCAUUCGAAACCCAGAACGAUAUUUACGAAAGCGACUUGCCCAAAACUUUGUUCGAGUUCUUGUUCUCCAGCCUGCCGAAACUGCGUCACGUACGCAUGGGAGAUUGGCGCAAUCUAGCCCGCGCAGGCGAAAAUUUCGCCGAUCUGCGUUAUCGUCUAUUCGGCAAGAUGCUAGCGCCCACCAUUCGCGGUUUGGAGACUCAAAAUGAAUCUACCUGGCCAGAUUUUCUCUUCCUCCUCGAAAUGUGCUGCUAUAGCUCUCACGGGGCCUUACAGAGCAUCUCUAUUAGCGAUCACCCAUAUGACAUGGACUCGGACAUGUACAAGGGUUAUGAUCAUGACUACAACUCCAGACUUGCUGUUCCCUUGGAUACGAACUUCGACCUUCUGCUCAGUGACGAUGACCCCUUUGAAAAGCUGGCUGGCCUCAGAUCCUUACAGCUGCCCUUGAAUAUCUGGCAUGGCUGGACAGCAGAAAAGAGAAUUGCUGAAUUUAUCUACUACUGUCAAGAUAAGAGCUUUGUACGGCCGUUAUUACAAGCUUGCUCGGCCACACUGGGGUCUCUGGAACUCAUAGCCGAAGACGGCGGUCUGCUUGCGACCACUAUGGGAGUCGAAUAUUUCGACACUGACGAUGUACUUCGGAAUGGUGGGCUGUUCCUCGCGAACUCGCUAUUCCCUGUCCAUUUCACAGCACUCAGGUCACUGGAAUUGCGCGGAUGGUUGUUUACAGAGAAGGGUAUCACAACUUUUCUGAGCACUGUGCGCAGCACACUUCGAGAAUUGCUUCUGCUCGACAAUGUUCUGCUCCACAACUCGGGACGAUUGGCGAAAUGGGGAGGUGUUAACAUGCACCUGCAUGGCGUGCAAAUCGAUAACUUCCUGCACAGUCAAGAUGAGCGCCCGUACAAACUUGAUCUAGAAAAGACGUGGCUCGCCGGUCGACGCAAUCUCUUGACGCCUCGCAAGCUGGUCAAGCAUAGAAGGAACCCCGACGCGACACGAUUGCUGUACGGUACCCCUGCAAUGGAGAAUUGGAAAGACUACAUCCUUGGUGAUAUCGAUUUGCAGAUCUUCGACGGGCCAUUGUGAGAUAUCGCAUGACCCGAAAUAGUUCUGUCGACUUUGUAUGGAUGUGAAGUUUCACUUCUGCCCCGGCGAAGUGUUUUCAAAGGAGCUUUUCACGGUCAUCACUCGGAGCUUGAGAGGGAUCCGCAGGCACAACCGACAUAGUCGGCAAAGACUCAGCAUACGAGACGAGACCAACACGAGGCACGCACGUGUCUGCAUUGUAGCCGUUUAGUCGAUUCCCUCAAACAGACAACCAGUGUCGCUCUCCAUGCAUGCUGCACAAAAGUGUUCGGCUGGACUCGAGCCUUGGAAGAUUCCACUAACUUCUUUAUGUCGUGGCCUGCGAAGAGUAUAGCUUGGAUACCUUAUGUUUCGAGGGAAAACAAAUCACCGGCGCACGGGACAACAAGUCAAUCGAGUAUCCUGUAAGCACAUUGGGUCG